AUGUUCUCCUUCGCCAUUCACGUCUGCAGCGUCUUGCUCGCACUUUCCGGGUUGGUCCAUGGUCUCCCCGGGAUCCUGGAGGACCCUGAAGCUGCCGGUCCACCCAGCGGCUACAGCAUCGUUCCCAUCGAGUGGGACGUGCCCAUCGACCUCAACACCCCCGGCAGUGCCACUGUUCACCUGAGCGGUACCAUCCAGGACGUCGUGGCCCGGAUGGAGGAGGACUACCCUGGAUGGAACAAGACCUUCUCACAGCCUGACGAACACUACGACGCUCUCCGGCAACACAUCAGACAUUGA